AACAGGAAGUGGGAGAAAGAAACACAAAAACAAACGACCAAGAAAGCGGCUGGCGGGAUUGAUUACAAGAUGGCGGUGACGCGGCAGGGUUGCUUGGGCCCGAGCUUUCUCCUACUACUACUUGCCUUGGGUUGCGAAGGGGCUCGGAUUGCCAGCGAGCCUGCCUCUGCCUCUCUUUCUGAGGCUUUUGAGCCAGCGCUGGGAAGUACUGCUCCGUGUCAGCGGACCUGCCAGAGCACCUACCCGCUCCAUACUUACCCCAAGGAAGAAGAACUUUAUGCAUGUCAGCGAGGCUGCAGACUGUUCUCCAUUUGCCAGUUUGUAGAUGAUGGUAUUGAUUUGAAUCGGACCAAACUGGAGUGUGAUUCAGCAUGUACUGAGGCAUAUUCCCAGUCUGAUGAACAGUAUGCUUGCCAUCUUGGGUGUCAGAAUCAGUUGCCAUAUGCUGAGCUGAGACAAGAGCAACUUAUGUCUUUGAUGCCAAGAAUGCACCUUCUGUUCCCCCUUACACUUGUGAGAUCAUUCUGGAGUGAUAUGAUGGAAACAGCUCACAGCUUCAUUACAUCCUCAUGGACUUUCUACCUUCAAGCUGAUGAUGGCAAAAUAGUGAUAUUCCAGUCAAAGCCAGAAGUUCAGUAUGUUCAAAGACCUGAGCAGGAAACCAUGGAUCUAAAACAAUCAUCUCAAAGCAAAGCAUCUUUAGAUCUACAACCAAGAGGACCUCAAAUACAUUCAGAUCUUUUUGAAGAGGAUGAAACUGACAGUUUCUUCAAAUGUAUUUCAAUAAAUUCUGGUUGGAUAUUAACUACUACACUUAUCCUCUCUAUACUUGUCUUGCUUUGGAUUUGCUGUGCAACUGUUACUACUGCUGCAGAGCAAUAUGUUCCAUCUGAGAAGCUGAGUAUCUAUGGAGACAUGGAAUACAUGAAUGAACAGAAGCUGCACCGAUAUCCAACUUCUGCUCUUGUGGUGGUUAAAGGCAAAAUUGAUGAACAGGAAGCAGGACCCCUGCCAGCAAAAGUUAACCUGGCUCACUCAGCAAUAUAAAUAGCUUUUAAAAAAUGAAUUCAGUAGUCUGACUCUAUGACUUCUGUCAACUCUGGUGACUUUUUCCAAAUAAGGGCCGGGGGGGGGGGGCUCAGCUUUCAGAUGCAAAUAAAGUUACCAAAUCAGUGAAGGCCCUACUGUCCAUGUAUUUUUCCACUAAUGAAGGAAAAGGUCAGAUGAUGGGUAGGUCUGGUGUGUGCACACUUGUUUGCAACUUUUUUCUUUCCAAAAAUCACAAAUAUUGUCUAUACAUUGAUGUGGUAUUUGCAUAUGAUCAUCUGUUAGCACUUCAGAAUAUAUAUUGGAAAUCCAUUUCAAAUAUAUAUAUAUAAGGAAUCUUCAGUGGUCAAAGAUGCCUUGAAGUUGACUUCUCAGCUGUGGAUAGAACCCAACAUGUAGAGCUGCUUGCAAAAAAACCUUAGUGCCUGUGUUCCAUGGAUGAAAAUCUAUUUCUUUUCACACUUUGUCAACUACCAGUACGUACAGCUCAGAAGUGAAACAAUAAAAUUCUUCAUCUGUCAGGAUGUCAGUUCUUACUGUAUUCCUUUGAAAUAAGCUCCCAAAAUGGCUAUUUAAAAUUAGGUGGUAUUACUUGUCAUAGUUUACCCCUGAUUAGCAUUUGCUGGGUGCAUCAUUUCAGUUUGAUGAAGACUCCAUCAAGCAGAAGCAAAGCUGUUAGCAAACAGAGUAUUGGCUACCUCUCAGUUCUAGUACAUAAUUGACCACAAUGCAUGUAGUGUGUUUGCUGUAGUGUGUUUGCUGUCUUCACUAACACCCUUGAAACUGAAUUCACAUGUCCUGCUUUUACAGCUUAACUGGAAUACCUCAUUUGUUUCAUAACUUGAGAAUGAACAAAUGUUUUAUCUAAUACAGUUCUGUAAAUCCAUACUUUCCAGGAGACCUUCCAAGUUCCUAUUUAAUUUGCUUUUUAAAUAUAGUUCUAAAAGGGAUGCAUUUAGUGUCCAGUUUGUGUCCAACAUUAUGCGUGCAUGCUCCUAAAAACUUAGCUGUUUGCUAAGGAAUAAAAUUAUAUUGGGAAAGACUUAUUAACAGUGGCAUCCUAAGCAGAAUUACUCUUCAAAGCCCACUAACUAUCUCUUAGGAUAGCCCGCUAUCAAUUCUGCUGAAGUCAGAUGAAAAAAGAGGCAAGCAAUUGUGACUCUUUAGAGAACUGAUGAUAGUUUGGAUGCAAACCAAUAAAAUAAAAAUCAAAUGGCAUUUUCUAUAAAUGUUAUAGUGGAAGAAUCUCUGUACAGUGUAAAGAAUCACUGUUACAAUUUAGCAGUGAAAAAAAUGAGUUUCUGUUUAAAGCUAAAUUUGUGUUAAUCAGAAUCUGUAAUGGGAGCCUAAUACAUAAAAUCAGGCACAAACAAAUUGUUGUUAAUCUCUUAUCUGGUCUAUACAUUGUUUUUAAAUUUUGAUAUUCCUGUUUCAUAGAGAGAGAGAGAAACAGAAAUUACUGUGGUUCAACCUGUGAAAUAGUUGCUUUAAAGAAACUUCCGCAGUUGGUUGUUUCUCACUGUUACAUGGUAACUUCCACAAUGUCUUUGGUCUUCGUUUUUUUUUAACGUGGGGUGAAAGAUAUUAUGCAGUGAUAAUUAUCAGUCAUAAAACCUUUAAAUUAUACAUUAUAUUUGGAUUAAUUUAACUUUUGACUCUAAUUUUGUGUGAUAAAACUGCUUUAUUGUGAAAAAUCUCGAACUAAAUGCACAGAAGUUUAAAUAGACUGAAAUUAAAAUGUCUUAACAGCAUGAGGGUAUAUUACAUUGCCUGUUUGUUAAAAUGGUGUGGGGGGGUCAUUAACGUAUCGUAGUACUUAUUUCUAGAUUUGUAGUUCUUUACAGCAAACUUGAGUAAAAAUCUCUUUAACAUUCUUCAAUAAAUCCCUGUCUCAAAGAACUAGCUGCUCCAUUUUUAUAACCAAAUGAUUUUAUGUGGAAAAGCAGCCAAAAUUUGUGUAGUAAUUCUUAAUUUGAGAUUAUCAGAUUCAGUAACAAGUGAACUUAGAAACAGCUCUGAAAGCCUUCCUCUGCUAAGAUCCAGAUAAACCAGGUGAAAAAUGGCCCUCCACGUGUAUGGCAGUACCGGUGCCAGAUUGUUAUAUUAGAGACUUACACAGUAAAAUGGAACAGGAUGUUGUCCUGUGAGAUCAAAGGAAAUGACAGUGUCUAUAAAUGGUGGGAUAUUUUAAGUUUAAAAGCAAUGUUACGCGUAGGUCUAUCAUUUCUAAUUUAGAACUAUGGAUCUGUCUCAAGGUCCUCUUUACUGAACUUUAAUCAGCCAGCUAUGUUGCAGCAAUACGAUGAGUAGAACCAAAUCAUGGCAUAGGCUUUUAAAAUGGAAAUUAGUAGUUUGGUUCCUGUAAUGUGUUCCAUGUAAAUAAGUUCUAUAUUUUAAUUCUGCUGUUUAAUAUGGGGUUUUGAAUAUUGGCUAUUGUGGGUUUAAAUGAAGGCUUCUGAAGUGAGGAGUGGGGGUUGGAUAGAUGAGGCAAGUGUUCUGUGAUUGACUAGUAGCUUACCAUAGGGGAAGAGUGAACUGCAGUUUUUAAUCAGAGUGCUGAGGGAAAAUAUUCUGUAUAAGGCCAUUUCUGCACAUCAAAUCUAAUCCACACUUGUUAGUAUUUGCACUGAUCGGGGCUGAUUCAGCUUGGACCUCCCCACAUUCUGCACUAUAUGACACAGAACCAAAUUGGCAUCUAUUUUUCAUUCCAGACAUGUUGGAAAUGCAUUGGUUUGGAACUGGGGUUUCUGGGGAUUGCAGUUCAGGUCACUUUUUUUUGUAUGAAAAAAAAUUCAGUAUAUGUUGUAAUAUUGAAACACCAUGCCCAGCAUUCCCCUCCCUCUCCCCAUUCCUUUACUCACUGAUUAGACAGUCCUGUGCCCGCCAAUCUAGUUUUUGAGUUGAGGAGAGUUGAUCGGCUGUAGAGGGAAACGUAACAAAUGUUUUUGUGUGAUUGUUCCACUUACAGACUUCUGGCAGCCGUUGUGGUUCUUAAUGAUUGGUGUGGUAUGUUUUGAAUUGUCUGCUUAGAACUUUGCAGGAAUCAUGAGAGUUCCAAAAGCAGCUGCGCUUUUGUUAUUCUACUGUCUCUGAGCCUGUUUUUACUUUUUUAAGGAAAGUGUCUGCCAGAAAAUGUCCCUUGAGAGCUUCCAUGCUACGAUCAGGCAUCAAACCUGUUUUGAGUUGCAAGAAGAGGUCACCCAGAACAAGAUAAAGAUGGUUUAGUCUUGCAGGAGUACCUGUUCCCCACUGCUGCUGGGUCUAAGAAGCAGCAACUGGUGGGACAACUUUUUCUUGUGGUCUGGGAUGACCAACAGUGCCUAGAGAAUUUCCAGAUGAUCCACCAAAUGUUUCAGGAGGUGGUGGCAUCCAUUACAGGAAGGUUACUGUGGCAUUCAACCACCAUAAAGAUCCCAUCCCAGUGGGAAAGUAUGUGGCAAUCAUACUGUGGUACUUCACCAAUGCCAACACCUACCAGGAAUUUAAGAAUUAAUUUGAAGAUGGACUGUCAACAGACAGUGGCAGAAAUAGUUCUGGAGGUCUGAUUCACCCUAUUUGCCUGGUGAUAGAAGUAGGUAAGGUAGCACAUUCCAUUGCUUGCUUUUCACCUUUUCUCAAUGUGGUUCAAUGCUGAUUGUGACAUUGAGGCCAUCCAUGACUUUCAGUUAUGUGAUCCUUAUAUUUUUAUUUCCACAAUCUUAUUUUUGGCUCGCCAGCACCUGUGGAAGACUUUCAAUUUGUCUGCAGUUCUGGGCUUCAUGAGGUUUUUAAAUUUUAGAAUGAACAGCAGUGUGUUAGUGCUGUUCUACCUGCUGUAGCCCGCUCUGCAAUUACCUUGCUUAUUAUAAAAGGCAUUAAACCAUGGUUGGUACGUCUUUGCCUGUGUAUACAGUAACAUGCUUCUUCCCUUUGUCUCCUUCAAGCUUGUGGAUGGGUUCCUAUCACUUGGCUUUCAGUACUGUACACGUGCUGUGGAUGGGACACACAUUCCAAUUUGGCAACCUAGGCAAAGAUACGAACAAUAUGGCAACAGGAAAAUGUACUGCACCAUUCUUCUCCAGGGAACAGUCAACCACAUUGACCAUUUUAUAGAUGCUGAGUGGGCUGGAGUGGCGGAAGCCAUAAUGUCUUUGUGUUUACAAAUUCCAUGAUCUGCAUAGCAAUGGAAGCAGGUGCCAGGCAAUCCCACUUUGACUCUGGAUGUUGUGAGUGUUCUACUACCACUCAUUGUUUCUUAUGCUUCCGUCUACACUAUGAGAAGAUGGCAUAUGAAGCCUACAGUAGACCCAGGAACAGUCGGAAGAGGCACUUUGAUUAUGCACUGAGCAGGGCAUGGAUCGUGGUGGAAUAUUCCUUUGGCAGGUUGAAAACUUGUUGGCACUGCCUCUUCUGUAGGUUAACCAUAUUUGAAGAGAUCAUUAGUGUGUGAUUACUUCCUGUGUAAUAUGAAAGAGCUGAUAGAUAGCACUUGGAGGCUGGCAAGGAAAGGAGAGAUAAGAUUGCUAGAUAUUUUGAAGUAAACACUAGCUGAUGUAUAUUUGGGAAUAAAGGGGAGCUUAAUAGUUUUGCUGUUUCCCUUGCUUGUUUACAGUUUACAAUAAAAAUAACUUAUUGUCA